GACCCAGCCCGCGCACCCGCCACUCAGGUCCUGGCUCCGAACGCCGCCCGGGCGCCGGAGCACCCCUGUGCUGUCCAGUCUCGCCUGACCUUGGAGCCCCGGGAAGGUUACAGGCGCCAUGGCAGUGCCAAGUGUCAGGUUGCCUGCGAGUGUUUUAAGAAAACCAGACACCUGGCUCAGACUCUGGGCGACGCUACGGGGGACACCUUGCCCACACACGCCCCACAGCCCCUGGAAGCGAUACUUCUACUUCUCUAGUACCGAGUCCACUGCGUCAAAUCAUAAGACAUUUCUUCAGAAUCUUUUCUCACUAAGACUCCCGGGGCUUUUCAUUUCUCCACAAAGUGUCUUUCCACUCUCCCUAAGACUCAAAAGCAGUAUUAGUUCUAAAAAGUCCGCUAAAAAGACUCUGCAAAAAGUCGAAGAAGAAGAGGAUUCGGAUGAAGAAGUUGACCAUGAGCUGAGCGCGCCGGGAGAGGAGUUGGAGGACGACCCCAGCAUGCCCAGAGACUACAAAGACCUGGAGAAGACCGUGCAGUCUUUUCGGUACGACGUCAUCCUGAAGACAGGCCUGGAUGUCGGGAGAAACAAAGUGGAAGACGCUUUCUACAAAGGUGAUCUCAGGCUGAAUGGAGAAAAGUUAUGGAAGAAGAGCAGAACGGUGAAAGUGGGAGAUGCACUGGACCUCGUCCUCGAGGAGAAUAAGGACGCAGAGACGGAGACCGUGAUGCGGAUCCUCCUGAAAAAGGUGUUCGAGGAGAAGACGCAGAGCGACAAGUUCAGGGUGGUGCUGCGCCGGUGGAAAAGGCUCCAGCUACCGAAGAAGAAUGCGGCCAAGUGAGCGGGCCGCCAGCUGCCGAGAGGACUUAACAUUCAAAUAAAUUUCUCUUUUAUCUGAA